AUGGACAGCGCAGCGCGGAAGCCGUCCAGUGAUCCCGGAUAUCACAUGCUCUACCAAGCAGAGCUAGGAGAUACAGACUUCAUUACAGGUGACUAUCUUGCCGAAGUCAACAUCGCAGAAAACGCCCAGGCACAUGCAGCGGGCAAGCACCCUGGAUGGGAGAAAACAGCUUGGGAUGGUAUCGAGCAGACGAUCGACUUAUUGGAUGAGAAGAGAAUCAAAGUCGUUGUCAAUGGUGGAGCGCACAAUCCGAAGGGAUUGGCCGAGAAGGUGCAUGAACUCGUCUUAAGUAAAGGAUAUGAUAUGAAGGUUGCGUACGUGUCUGGCGACAACCUAAUGGACGAAAUGAAAGAUAUCAAGGAGAAGGGCCUACCGCCGCACCUAGACUCCGACAACAGCGAAGUAACGGUCGCGGACCACACGCUUGACGUCCUAAAAACCGACAAACCGAUCGUCAGCGCGAACGUCUACCUCGGCGCUCGCGAGAUUGUCAAAGGUCUCGAAGAAGGCGCAGACAUCAUUAUUGCUGGUCGUGUUGCGGACGCCAGCCCCGUCAUCGGUGCUGCAUGGUACUGGUACUCGUGGCGUGACACCGACUUCGAUGCACUUGCAGGAGCCCUUAUUGCGGGUCAUCUCAUCGAAUGCAGUGGCUAUGUGACAGGCUCGAAUUUCGCGGGCUUCUACGAGUAUCCAUUGGAUGACAUGUACGACAUCACUUUUGGUAUCGUAGAAGUCGAAAAGGACGGCACAUGUGUGAUCACGAAGCAUGAAGCGAGGAAAGGUUUUGUUACGGAAGACACUGUCAAGUGUCAGUUUCUGUACGAGCUUCAGGGCAAUGUAUAUCUGAAUAGCGAUGUCAAGGCUAUCUUGAAUGAAGUUCAGGUCAAAGCUGAAGGCAAGAACAGAGUUCGCUUGUGGGGCGUCAAAGGCAAACCACCCCCACCCACUACGAAGCUCGCAAUAUUCUAUCAAGCAGGUUACCAGUCUGAGAUUGUUGUCAAUGCAACUGGUUACGCCACGGCUGAGAAAUUCGAUCUCUGGGAACGCAUGAUCAAGUUUGGCCUGAAGCAGAAGGGCAUACUGGACAGAUUCGACAUCUUGGAAUUCCAGCGCAUAGGCAUGCCGGAGACCGAUCCGAAGAGCCAGCUCAGAAGUACAUCGUAUUGUCGCAUCUUCGCGGAGAGCGGCGAUCCAAACGUGAACCUGGGUCUAGCGAGUCUACUGGCAGACUUUGCGAUGCAGCACUACUCUGGCUUCCAUAGUACGAUGGACCAUCGUACGGCGAUUCCGAAACCGUACUUGAGCUUCUAUCCAGCGAUUUGGCCGCAAAAUAAGCUAAGGACGGCGAUCAAUCUACUCGAGUCUGGUGAUACGAGGACAUUCACGACCACGCCGCCACCGCAGUCGGAAGAGAUUGGGAGACGGGAAAGCUACGAGACUGUGAAUCCCGUAGAUCUUCGGUCUUUUGGCCCAACAACGCGUGCGCGACUGGGAGACAUUGUGCUUGCCCGCUCAGGCGACAAGGGUGGAAACGCAAACAUUGGCUUCUUUAUACCCACGAGCCUACCUUCCUCCUAUCCACAGUCAUCACCGCUGUAUGCCGAAAGUUGGGACUGGCUCCGCAGCUUUCUCACCAUGCCCAAACUCAAGGAAAUGUUCGGAGAAAGCUGGAACGACAGCUUUUUCAUGGAAAGGGUGGAGUUCGAAGGUAUCAUGGCGGUGCAUUUCGUGGUUUAUGGGGUGUUGGGCAGAGGCGUUAGCGGGAGUAGCAGGUUGGAUGCUUUCGCGAAAGGUAUGGGCGAUUGGCUGAGAGACGUAGAAGUCGAGGUUCCGGUGAAGUUCAUAGAAGGAAGGGCCCGCGGCAAAGCGGUGGCUGGAAGCCCCACCAUGUUCAAGAAGUUCAAGGACAAGAUAAAGGGCGAUGACAGCUCUUCCAGGCCUUCAUACGGGACAGACCAACACAAUCAGCAUUCAAACAACCCUUACUACAGCUCGCCUCAAGACCAGCAGCAUAACAUAGCGCCGACGGAGAAGUAUCAAGCACCGCCUGGCCCGCCGCCGAACCAGGCUUCAUCCUCGUCUGGGUACUCCGCUCCGCCAGGUCCUCCACCGAGCCACGGGUCGUCCUCUUAUACUGCUCCUCCGGGGCCUCCACCUAAACAAGAGUUUUCAGGUUACGCACCCCCAGCAGGGCCACCUCCGUCGUAUCCACAGCAACCCCCUCCUAGCUGGGAUCCUCCGCCAUACCACGACUGGACAGUCGUACCUGACACUUCUCUUCUGCCCCCGCCACCUUCGAUGGGUUACGAUAGUUCUCCCACUGCUAAUGCAUCUACUGAAGAUGGCGAUCGUGCCUUGGCUUGGACCAACAUGAAUCCUUUGUGGCCACCGCAGAAUCUGCAGCCUAGCACUCAUGCUGCGAUUCAGAACGGUCAGCUUGCUCUACUAAAAGCACCGUCUUAUCUGGGUGAUCUACUCCCUCAACCUCAAGCAGGCCACUGGCGUUGUCGCACCCAUGCGAAUUGCAGAGACUCGAGCAUUCUCACAAAUCUGCCUAUGUACAGCGUGUUUUGGGACUCACCGCUGAACACACAACGCUCCAAGACUGUGUACUUCGAACUCAAAGUCCUUGGAAUCGGUCGCGGUGGCUUCUCAUUCUCGGAAGCAGACGCUGGUAUCGCGAUAGGCUUCGUCGCGCCGCCUUAUCCUACGUUCCGUCUCCCAGGCUGGGAGCGUGCCAGUCUUGGAGUGCAUGGAGAUGAUGGAAGAAAGUACGUCAAUGAUGCAUGGGGCGGCAUCGACUUCACCUCGGCUUUCAAGCCCGGCGAUACUGUAGGGAUCGGUAUCACCUUCUCGGUUCCGCGCAACCCACCAUCAUACGAGCAGUCGCAACAAGGAAGGAUGCUAGAUAUCGACGUGUUCUUCACGCGUAAUGGAGUAAAGGAAGGUGGCUGGAAUGGCAACGAGGAGCUCGACGUACGAAGCGAGGGGGGCAAUACUGGUCUGAGGGGCGAGUGCGACCUAUUUCCCGCGAUUGGCGUGUUUGGCGGUGUGGAUUUCGAUGACUUUGGCUAUCCGUUGAUGCUCGAAGACUACGUCCCGGUCCCUCCUCCACCCACUGCUGUUGCAGAUCAGUGCGCUUACUGUCGUACUCCUGGCGCGAAGAAGAUAUGUGGCCAAUGCAAGAGCAUGCUCUACUGCUCGCCAGCCUGUCAAGAACGCGACUGGGUCUCCAGCCACAAGCUCGUCUGCAAGCCCUACGCAAAAGCCAUCAAACAAUACAUUCCUAACAACAUGCGGCGCGUUUUGCACUUCCCCGUCGAUUCAGCCAGACCUGUCUUCUCCGUUCUGAGGUUCGAUGAGGAAGGUACGGUAGGCGGCCUCGAACAUUACUUUCCCGGGGUACCGGUUUCGGAGAUCAAGAAACUAUCAUUCCACAACCGCCACUUUCCGUACUUCAUCCAGAUCAACUACGACAUGAAUGCGAAGGGAGAGCGUGCGCUCCCUGAGAACAAGAGCCUUGGACUGCCGUUUCGCGGUCCAGUCGUCGUCUUGGCAUAUGACCUGGACAUUGCGCUUAGUGGUCCAGCGUUGAACGCUGAUGCCUCGAUCAUGCGGCCUUUGAUGGAGUACGUUGAGCUGUUGCGCGAAUACGAUGGCCCGAAGUUCGUGGAGCAGCCGCAACGGAGGUAUACGGAGGCAGAGUUGGACAUUAUUAUGGGCUCGGCAUCUUCGUCUGGUGGAGGAAGGGUAUGA